AUGGCAGCAUCUACAUUCCAACUGUUUUUCAUAACUGAAACGUGGUUACUUCCCGGAAUCUUGGACAAGGAGGUCGUGGCACCUGGAUAUAAUUUACUUCGAUGUGACAGAAGUGGAAAGAGUCGCGGAGGCGGAGUAGCUAUUGUGACCCCAGCUUUAUAUGAUCUUCGCGGAAUAGACACCGAACUAGACAAUAAAACCGGUUGCGAUUGUGAGUUAGUGUGUGGCGGCCUAUAUCGUAAUAACAAUUUAUUAUUUGUGGUUGUGUGCGUAUACAUACCACCGACUGCGUCUGAAGCUCAGUAUUUUGCAGUCUUUAAGAGUCCACCAAAAUUGAAUGUAGAUGAAGCGAUGGCGGCAGCUAGUGAAAAUAGUAAUAAUCGGAUUCACAUACAGUGCAUAUUGUCGCAGGACAUUAACAUAGCCCUCAAAAAGCUUAAGCCAAAAAGAUCUGCUGGGCCGGAUGGAAAUCAAGAUGUGUUAAUAUACAAGUUCCACCCUACUGUGUGUGUCUACGCGCCCAACGCACCGCUCCACGGGCUGCGAGGGCGGUGCUGCGCAUCGGGAACUGCGGCCGGUGGCGGACACCGAUGUUUCAAUGUUCUGCUCACAUUAUCAUCAGUGGCAUUCGCUUUCUGGGAUUCUGGGACGACAACUCCUAAAAGAAUCUCUAAAGAUCUAACUCCCAGACAGAGUUUCUUUAGAUGGGAAAGAGUGGAGUCCCUAUACGUAAAGUUUUGGUACAGCCAUUUCGAUUGGGAUGAAAUUAAUGAUAGAAGAAAGUUGUACGUCUUUGCUGGAUUAUCUAUAGAUUUUAUUCCCUUAGGUACAGCUAUAUUGUUAGGCAAGAGAGUUCUCAUCACAUCUGCAAACUUCUUAGAGCCCUAUCUCACCAGACAGAGGGACGUCAGGAUCUGGGCCCUCGGCAGGGCCGGCAAACACGUGACUCCCUACAGAUACAGGGUAUGGAGAUUCAGAAGACUAAUCCCUCGGAGCAACAACCCUGAACACUGGCAUGGUCCUCGUGGCAUUCAUGUACCACGGCACGAUAUAUCCGUAGUACAUAGCUUCGAUCAAAUAUAUAUUCAUGAUAGAUAUUCUCCCAGCCACGAAUAUGCGUUCAAAGGUACACUAUGUCAAAAGGAUUAUAUCAUCGAACACUUCUUGUGGUACGGGGGUUCUGGUUUCAUAGAUUUGGAGCACAUCCGUGAAAACUAUAAGAUAAAAUACGCGAGACAGUUUCGAGACGAGAUCGUCGAUUGCUCUAAUUAUUUACCCAAAUGGUGGGGUAAAUUUAUAUGUAUCAAAAAUAAAUACAGUUUUGCGGGCACUGCCAGCGGCGGUGGUCUAUUCUCGGGUCCGGAACGCGGUGGUCCAGAUCUGCUGAUCGGUUUGGGAUGCUUCGAAAUUCGGUACAAUGAGGAUAGGAUUCUUGUGUUCACAGAUUUGAGAUAUUAUAUCGAUAGAAUUAAUAUAUAUGCAAAUAUUACACCAGGUGAAUAUUACGAGUAUGCGUACCCUGAAUAUAGUAUUACAUACGGCUGGCUAUAUGAUGACAAUACGAACCAUCCAUAUAUACCUACAUGGCAUAUAAAAGACGACAUGUUUCCUCUUGGACGGAGAUAA